AUGGCUUCAUCAUCACACACUUCCUCCUCGGGCCACGGCCAAAACCAGAUCUCAGCCACCACUCCCAUCCAACUCCAUAACCAACUUAUAUCAACUAAGCUCACAGAUGAAAACCACCUUAUUUGGAGGCAGCAGGUACUCACAACAGUUAGAGGGCAUGGCCUUGAGGGAUUCUUAGAUGGAUCUAGCCUACCACCUACCAGAUUCAUACCUGGAGCAGAAGAGGGGCUCCUUCAAGUCAAUCCUGAGUACACAAGCUUGGAAAGGCAGGAUCAAUUGCUGGCAUCAUGGCUGCUUUCUUCUCUUUCAGAGUCUAUUUUGAUUUCAGUGGUAGGUAUGCACACCUCCUCUCAGAUCUGGAAGAGUUUGGAGUCAAGUUUUUCAACUCAAUCCAAGGCUAGGACGAUGCACUACAGAAUACAGCUUCAAAACCUAAAGAAGGGAAGCAUGAGAAUCAGAGAGUAUGUCAACAAAGUGAAGAUUUGUUGUGACACUUUGGCAGCUGGAGGGCAUGUAGUCACAGAGCAGGACCAGAUAAUGCAUGUCCUGAGUGGUUUAAGCUCAGAAGCAGGAUUCAAUCUGCAGCACUUGUCACAGAAAAUAGCACACUACCAACAAGCCACCUCAAAGCUCAUAUCCCUCAAGAGGAAGAGGGAAUUACCAAGGAUUUAG